CUUUGUCUUCUUUGUGUCUUGUUGGACCCAGAUCUGAUGGUUCCAGUACCAGAGCUACGGCCCAUCACAUAUUACCAGCAGAUGCUUCAAUCAAACCUCCAAGACCAGUUUCUGUGUGUGAAACCAGGCUGGUCAGAAGUCGACCAACGUCUGGAUGACAUCUACACAGAGCUGUACAUCACAGCUGGGCCGGAUUCACACAUCAACACACAGCAUGAGGUCCAACAGGUUGAGACGACACAGCAGAAGCAAAGAUCAGCAGAGGAGCCAGUGACGCCCAGUGACCUGUUCAAACAUCCCCCUGGUAAAUACAGACGCAUCAGAACAGUGUUGACCAAUGGAAUCGCUGGGAUUGGAAAAACAGUCCUUGUGAACAAGUUUGUGUUGGACUGGACCCAACAAAGGUCCAAUCAAGACGUGCAUCUGAUUUUCCCCUUCACCUUCCGUCGGCUGAAUCCACUGAAGGGACAGAAGUUUAGUUUGUCAGAGCUCAUUCAUGAAUGUAUCCCAGAAACUGAGUCCAUCAGCCUGGAGGCUCUGAAUUACAUCUUUACACAUCUACAGUCAUCAGGAAACAGCAACUAUGACAAGAGCAGCUUCAAACUUCUGUUUGUGUUUGAUGGACUGGACGAGAGUCGCCUCCAACUGGACUGUAGCACCAGUGAGAAGGAGACGGGUCAACGUGACGUCACAGAGUCCACCUCAGUGGAUGAGCUGCUGACAAACCUCAUCAGAGGAAAACUACUACGCUCUGCUCGCAUCUGGAUCACCACACGACCUGCAGCAGCCAAUCAGAUUCAUGGAGACUUUGUUGAGGUGGUGACGGAGGUCAGAGGGUUCACUGACCCACAGAAGGAGGAGUUCUUCAGGAAGAGAUUCACAGAUGAGGAGCAGAGCAACACAAUCAUGUCCCACAUCAAGACGGCACGAAGCCUCCACAUCAUGUGCCACAUCCCAGUCUUCUGCUGGAUCACUGCUACGGUUCUGGAGGAUCUGCUGGAAACCAGAGAGGGAGGAGAGCUGCCCAAGACCCUUACGGAGAUGUACGCAGAGUUCCUGGGGUUUCAGAUGGAUCGGACUAAAGACAAGUACGGACCAGAACAGAGCAGCAACUACAUCAAGUCAUUGGCUGAACUGGCUUUUAAGCAGCUGCUAAAGGGAAACUUGAUCUUCUAUGAGGAAGAUCUGAAAGAGAGCGGCAUCGAUGUCAGUGGAGCCUCAGUGUGUUCAGGAGUGUUCACAGAGAUCUUUAAACAGGAGCGAGGGAGGAAAACCAAGGACAAGAUGUUCAGCUUUGUUCAUCUGAGCGUUCAGGAGUUUCUGGCUGCUGUUCACAUGAUGCUCUGUUACACCAACGGGGAGAUGGAGGAACUGGAGGAGUUUCUGAUAGACUCCAUAUACGCAAAAUCAAUCCUUGACAAAAUAAAACAGUUUGUUUAUCCCUCAACUCACUCAUCUCUGGAUGUUGUCCUGAGUAGAACCAUGUCUAACUCCCUCCUCAGUCCAAGUGGCCACCUGGACCUGUUUGUUCGCUUCCUUCAUGGCCUCUGUCUGGAGUCCAACCAGAGAAUCUUAGGAGGUUUGCUGGGUCACACAGAGAACAGUCCAGAAACCAUCCAGAGAAUCAUCAACAACCUAAAGAAGAUGAACAGAGACAGAAUCUGUCCUGACAGAAGCAUCAACAUCUUCCACUGUCUGAUGGAGAUGAACGACCACUCAGUCCAUCAGCAGAUCCAAGAGUUCCUGAAGUCAGAGAACAGAUCAGAGAAGGAACUCUCCUUGAUCCAGUGCUCAGCUCUGGCCUACAUGCUGCAGAUGUCAGAGGAGGUUCUGGAUGAGUUGGACCUGGACAAGUACAACACAUCAAAGGAGGGACGAUGGAGACUGAUCCCAGCUGUGAGGAACUGCAGAAAGGCUCAACUUUCUAGAUGUGGACUCACAAAGACUCACUGUGAAGUUGUGGCCUCAGCUCUAAAGACCAACCCAUCACAUCUGACACAUCUGGACCUGAACUACAACUACAACCUGCAGGACUCAUCAGUGAAGGUUCUGUGUGCUGGACUGGAGAGUCCUCACUGUCGACUGGAGACUCUGAGAUUGAUGAGCUGCAGUUUGUCAGAGAUCAGCUGUGAUUCUCUGGUCUCAGCUCUGAAGUCCAACCCGUCACAUCUGGCACAACUGGACCUGAGUGACAACAACCUGCAGGAUUCAGGAGUGAAGCAUCUGUGUGGUUUUCUGGAGAGUCGUCACUGUCGACUGGAGACUCUGAGAUUCAGUCUCUGCAGUUUGUCAGAGAUCAGCUGUGAUUAUCUGGUCUCAGCUCUGAAGUCCAACCCGUCACAUCUGACACAACUGGACCUAAGCUGGAACAAGCUGCAGGAUUCAGGAGUGAAGCAUCUGUGUGGUUUUCUGGAGAGUUGUCACUGUCGACUGGAGACUCUGAGAUUGAGUUACUGCAGUUUGUCAGAGGUCAGCUGUGAUUCUCUGGUCUCAGCUCUGAAGUCAAACCCGUCACAUCUGACACAACUGGACCUGAGAGGAAACAACCUUCAGGAUUCAUCAGUGAAGCAUCUUCUUGACCUGGUGCAGAGUCCAGACUGUGGACUGCAGACUCUGAGCUGGAGAUGAUCCAGAUGUAGAAGCAGCAGCAGUGUGUGUGUGGAGGUUCUGACUGGUCCAUGUUACUGGGAGCAGAGCUUCAUCCACAACUGACUGACAGGAACCAGAACCAGUGGAGACGAGUCUCAGUGUGAACUGAUCUGAGACCAGCUGCUCUGUGUCCAGUCCACCAGGAUCAUGUGGGAAAUGAAGAGUGUGGUGCAGUAGUUAGACAUCGGGGACAGUGUUGACUGUAAUUCUUCUUG